GUAUUUCACACAGCCUAUUUUUCAUUUUAUUUUUCUCAAUGAGUUUGGGAGGGGUGGAAUGCGUGCGUACGUUUUAUUCACGGGCUUUUUGUUUAAUUUAUUGAUAUCGUUUUUAAACAUUGUGGAAUGGUGAAAAUGUGUUUCAUGUCUAAUGCGAACAUUGAUAUAAGUGCAAUAAUUGCGUGUUGAAUAAGUUUAAAGUGUGUGUUCCUAAUCAUGCAAAAUGGCCAACGAUUUCUGGUCAUGUACCUGUUGUACCGAAGCAUUGACUUGUUGGUUGCGUCUGAAGCUGUCUCCGGAGGAGAUAGAGCAGCGGUACAGAAGCAAGGAAAUCGAUAGAAUUCUUGAAAAGGACAAACAAACGCUACGGCGACAGGUCAAACUUUUGCUACUUGGUGCGGGUGAAAGCGGAAAAUCAACAUUCCUGAAACAGAUGAGAAUAAUACACAAAGUCAAAUUUGAGCCGGAAUUAGUGCGCGAGUACCAGCAUGUGAUAUAUCAAAAUAUAGUGAAGGGUAUACAAGUGCUAGUUGAUGCGAGGGACAAGCUAGCAAUUCCGUGGGAAAACCCAAGGAAUCUGGACGUUGGUCAGCAGGCCCUGCACUUCAACAGUUCUGUGUCGCUUGACAGUCGAUUGUUUAUGCAUUAUGCACCUCAUAUACACUCCCUGUGGUUGGACAGGGCCAUAAAACGAGCAUAUGACAGGCGGAGAGAAUUUCAAUUGAGCGACUCGGUGAGUUACUUCUUCGGCGAGCUGGAGCGCAUCGCGCGGCCGGACUACAUCCCCUCCCACCAGGACAUUCUGCAUUGUCGGAAGGCCACCAAGGGCAUCACGGAGUGCACGAUCAAUAUCAACAAUGUGCCAUUCGUGUUCGUCGACGUUGGCGGCCAGAGGACACAGCGGCAGAAGUGGACGCAGUGCUUUGAUUCCGUCACCUCCAUACUGUUCCUGGUGUCCUCGUCGGAGUUCGACCAAGUUCUGUCAGAGGACAGGAAAACGAAUCGUCUGGAAGAAGCGCUCAACAUAUUCGACACGAUCGUGAACAAUGUGAACUUCAAAGGGAUAUCGAUAAUUCUAUUCCUGAACAAAUCCGACCUGCUCGCGAGGAAGGUCGCCAGCAAGGAGACGGACAUACGCUGGUACUUCCCGCACUUCACGGGCGAUCCGCACAACCUCCGCGACGUGCAAAUGUACAUACUCAACAUGUUCGCGAACGUUCGCAGGGAACCAAAGACAACGCUCUACCAUCACUUCACAACGGCCAUAGACACGCACAACAUAGAGGUGGUCUUCAACUCCGUCAAAGACACGAUUCUCAAUCGAAAUUUGGAAUCGCUUAUGUUACAGUGACGUAACAGUUCCGAAUUCAAAUUACUCUAAAUGUGAUAGCUCGAGAAUGGCGAAUGACUGAUGGCGCGAAAAUUCCUUUUAUAAUCUGUUGUAUUUAUAAUCUGCAUAAUAGGAUGAUUUAAAAGACAAGGGAUAUGUGAUUGUUACGGCGUUACACACGACGGCCUACUUUUGUAGUGUUUGUAAAAUAUGGACGGUUUACCGAAGUAAUGUUCUGGUGUGUGUAUAGUAUAUCAUAUCGUAAUGAUAAAAUUUGUAUAUCAGUAUAUUUAUGACCAAAAAUAUAGAUCGUGCACUUGAUAAAUUACAUUAUUAUGAUCACUUUUGGAUAAAUUUAUAUAUGCGCUUAGUGAACGUGUAUACACGUGAAAAUGUAUGAUAAAUAGAGUGAGGAUAUAGAUUUAUCUCUUUCGUGUAUAUGGGAGAAGAAAAGAGAUAGAGCUAUGUCUUCAAUGUUAGCUUAGAGCAAGAAAAACUCAAUUUUUACAGAAGAAGCUUAUAUCAGGAGUAGAUGUAGUCUAAACCUGAAAGAGUAGCAAAAACCUCUGAACUGCCGAGAGUCAUAUCUAACUGUGCCAAGAUCGGAUGUGUGAAAUUUUAAGGAAAAAAGUGCUCAUUGACGACGCAAAACAAAAUGGCGUAAGCAGUAUAAUCAUUCUAUAUAAUAGCUAUGUGUUUCAUUAGUAUUGCAAAUAAUAAAUAUUAAUUAUUUUCCCUUUUAACUUACGAGUAAUAAAUUUAAAUUUACAAGUUCUAUUCAUACAGUAAUUCAAAAUUCGAAUGGAUUGAGCUUAGCUUUGGCUACUGAUGUGUCUUUGAAAAAAAAAAAAUUAAAAAUAAAAGAAAACAAGAGCACAAAUUCGAGUUCUUAAUUUAAAUUAGUUACAUGAUAUUUAAGCGAUAUAUAGUAAUGCAUUGCUAUUUGCUAGAGCAUUUCUAUUGUGACCCAAAUUCUUGCCGAUGUAAUCCGCUGUGACGUCAUUGGGCUCUUAAUAGGCGAGCUUUAAGCGUAGUUUAUUAGAGAACGCAUGUUGCUCAAAUGCAGCGCAAAUAAAUACUAAAGGAAAGACUUAUUCGAUAUCCCGAUAGGGGAAGAACAAUGUAAAUAAAGUUUAAUGACACUGUGAUGGAAUUUUUGGUAAUUUUUUAGGCUGUAAACAGCAACGAACGAGUUUUUAUAGACGCCUCGUUAGUUUUCCAAUCCCGUACGAUGUAUUUGUAUACCUUAUUUGCUGCGUAUUACUUAAAGAUCUGGUUUUCUAGUAUUUUGGCCGUGUGGUAUUGCAAUGAACAUUUAAAAUUGUGAUCUCGAUUACGACACGAUUAUUGAUUUUUAUGAAAUUCAACAAUAAUCAUUAUCAUAUGCGACGAUUAUUAAAUCUUUAGUUGAUUACAUCUUACGUCAUAUAUGUCAAAAUUGAUUCUGUAAUAAGGCAAGCCACGAGGUUUAUUAUUUACUGAAAUUGAUUUUCUAAUGAAAUUCGGCAUUUUUAAUCUGCAAAAAUCAAUUAAUCGAUACUUUAUA